ACCUGCGAUAUUUAGCUGUAGCUAACGUGAGUAUACUCAUAUUAAAACCUGCGAUAUUUAGCUGUAGCUAAGGAGCCUUGAUCUAGUGCUAGGUGGGGAGAUUUGAGAGGAGUUUUUACAUUAUGGAGGCUGUAGUUGACUUCCUAAAUGUUUUCCACAUCACGGCCAGUGGACUGUCCGUGACACUCAGCCUCUUUGUCAUCUUUCUGGGGCUUCUUUACUGGUAUUCGAUUUACCCCUUUUCGGUCCUUUCUCGCUGUGGCAUCGCACAUCCAAAGCCAAUACCUUUUUUGGGCAACUUAUUGAUGUUUCGACAGGGUUUUCUGCAGCCUCUCAAUGAUCUCAUAAAGACACAUGGCAGAGUUUGUGGGUAUUAUUUGGGCCGGAGACCGGUGGUGGUCAUAGCGGACCCUGACAUGCUCAGACAAGUGAUGGUCAGGGACUUCAGCAGCUUCCCAAACAGAAUGACUAUUCGCUUUGCCUCCAAGCCCAUGACUGACUGUCUGCUCAUGCUGAGGAAUGAGCGCUGGAAGCGGGUGCGGAGCAUCCUGACCCCAUCAUUCAGCUCUGCCAAGAUGAAAGAGAUGGUUCCUCUCAUCAACACAGCCACCGAUGCCCUUAUGAGCAACUUGAAUGUGUCCGCUGAGUCAGGACAGGCCUUUGACAUCCACAGGUGUUUUGGCUGCUUCACCAUGGAUGUUAUUGCUAGCGUAGCAUUUGCUACUCAGGUGGACUCUCAGAACAACCCAGACGACCCGUUUGUCCAGCAUGCGCAGAUGUUCUUCUCCUUCUCUUUCUUCAGGCCCAUCAUGCUGUUUUUCCUUGCUUUUCCAUUCAUCAUGGCUCCUCUGGCGAGACUGAUCCCCAACAAAAGACGAGACCAGAUGAAUCACUUCUUCAUCCAGUGCAUUCAGAGGAUCAUCAAGCAGAGAGAGGAGCAGCCUCCCGAGCAGAGGCGUCGCGACUUCCUUCAGCUGAUGUUGGAUGCGAGAUCCAGCAAGGAGUGCGUGUCUUUGGAAGACUUUGGCACGGCGAAGCUGGAUCACAGGAACCAGCUCCAAGCAUCCGCCUCUGAUCCAGACGACCAUCUGCACCCAGAGGAGCCCCCCAGCAGGCGUCCGCAGAAAAAGAUGAUGACUGAGGAUGAGGUCGUGGGUCAGGCUUUCGUCUUUCUUCUGGCCGGUUACGAAACCAGCAGCAGCACGUUGGCCUUCACCUGCUACCUCCUGGCCAUCCACCCGGAAUCUCAAUGCAAAGUACAGGAAGAGGUGGAUGAUUUCUUCACCAGACAUGAGUCACCAGAUUACACAAACGUCCAGGAGCUGAAGUAUUUAGACAUGGUUAUAAGUGAAGCCUUGCGCCUCUACCCCCCUGGAUUCAGGUUUGCAAGAGACAUCGACCAGGACUGUGUGUUGAACGGCCAGCGUCUCCCUAAAGGAGCGACGCUGGAGAUCCCAGCCGGCUUCCUCCACUACGACCCCGAGCAUUGGCCAGAGCCUGAGAAAUUCAUCCCUGAGCGAUUCACACCAGAGGCCAAGGCCAAUCGACAUCCCUUUGUGUACCUGCCAUUCGGGGCCGGUCCCCGUAACUGUGUGGGAAUGAGGCUCGCCCAGCUGGAAAUCAAAAUGGCUUUAGUGCAUCUGUUCCGCAGGUUCAGCAUUGUGGCCUGCUCCGAGACCAAGGUUCCUCUUGAGUUGAAGUCGUCAAGCACGCUAGGACCUAAAAACGGCAUAUAUGUAAAAAUUCAAAGAAGAGACAUGGGGGAAGGUCAAGAGAAUUCUCUACCAGACGGUUAGAAACUCACCGCCCUUCUUGGAGGGUAGAAAAACCCUAUGAACAUUUACAAAGCAUCCUGCAGGUCCACGUUGUAACAAUGGCCCAGUU